AUGUCUGCUCUGGUCCACGACUCGCCUGACCGAGCGGUCACGGCCAUCGAGCCUCUGACAGGAAGCGACAACUUCGCGACCUGGAAACGUCUCAUGACCUCCUACCUCAAAGCAAGGCAGUACGCCAAACCCAUUACGGCGGAUAUCUACCCCUUAGUGGAGCCCUACCUCAACGGGGCGGUGAGGUAG